AUGGAGCCCCAGCUGCAGCAGCAGCAGCAGCAGCAGCAGCAUCACGGCUGGGGUCAGGCCUGCUCCAUGCAAUUACUUCAUCAACAACUGUACAGCUCCACCGGCCCUUUGAAGCUUGUGCCCUGUCAGCGGGCAGGACAUGGGACAACCAGUACAGACAUUUUCAGUCCAUGUCUGGCCAUGACCAAGCACAAGCCACAAGCCGCAGCAGUUGGUCGCGUGGAGCUAAGUUCGCGCCGGCUCCUGCUGGCGCUUUACCAAGCGGCGCGCGGAUUGUCGCUGUUGUCCAGUUCGCUGGAUCUGGAGCGGGAGCCGGUGCAGCUGAAGGCGCCGCGACAGCAGUGCAAUCGGCUGUUGAUCAUAUUGUGGCGCGCCAUAUUGGUUAACAUAUACUGGACCAUGAUUCCGAGCAUGUUUAGAUCCGUGAAGAGUAGCCAAAGCUACGCAGCUCUGAUUGCCAUGAUGCAGUCCGGCUCGGUGACCGUCUUUGCGGUCGGCUCCUUCAUCAUGCAGGUGCGCGCCGAGUCCCGAUUUAUGGCCAUACUGAAUCGCUAUAUUGCGCUCUAUGGACACAUCUGUGCGCUGACCCGGACCCAACAGCUGCUGCCGCUCAAGUUCACCGUAUUCACGGCUCUGAAGCUGCUUUUAACGCUCGCCGGUUGCCUCUACGAGGUGCCGCAGCUGCUGCCGCUGGAGCACAUAAUCCAUCUGGAGAUUGGUCAGGUGAUCGGCGGCCUGAUUGCCAUUUACCUGUGGCUGGGCACGCUCUUCCUGCUGGACGCCUGUUUCCUGGGCUUCUUCGUCUCCGGCCUGCUCUACGAGCACAUGGGCGCGCACAUUGCGACGAUGCUGCGGCAAAUGCGCUCCAUUGACAUCGAUGGCCAGGAGCUGCAGUCGGAUGACGAAUCCGAAUCCGAAUACGAGUCGUAUUCCCAUGUGCCCCUCAGCCAUUAUAAGCGCAUGUGUCUGCUCUGCGAUCGGGCCGAUGAACUGGAGGCCUGUGGUGUCAUCUAUAACGAGCUGUAUAACGUGACGCUCUCGUUCCGGAGCAUUUUCCAAUGGCAGAUCUUAUUCUAUAUUUAUUACAAUUUUAUUGUCUUGCUGCUAAUGCUGUACGAGUACAUUUUGAACUAUCUGGAGGCUGCGCAGGGCGAACUGGUGCCCAUCUUGAUGGUCUGCAUUAAGAUGGCCAACAUUGUGCUCUUGAUCAUGUGCGCGGAUUUCACAAUCAAGAAAUCACAGAUGCCACAGAUCUUGCCGCUGGAUAUCGUCUGCACCGACAUUGACCAGCGAUGGGACAAGAGCGUGGAAUCCUUUCUGAAUCAGCUACAAACGCAGCAAUUGGAAAUCAAAGUGCUGGGCAUCCUUCAGCUGAACAAUGGAUUUAUACCAACAAUAUUAUCGGCCAUUAUCGCGUAUCUAUUUAUAUUGAUACAAUUUGCUUUUACUGGCGGCUUCGAAGUAGCCGACGAAUUGCCAGAAAGCAUAAAACAAUCAUAA